CGUCAAAACGAGAAAUUGACAUUGAAAUUGUCACAACAAAGGGUUUGUGUGUUCGGAGGGUUAAUUUUGUAAACGGAAGGUUUAUUAUGAUAAAAAAUGGCACGAUUUCGAUUAAAGGAUAGCGACGAAUAUUACCUAGCUCUUUCUGAACAGCCCAAGCGUUUUGAUGCCGAUAGUCCUGUUACAAAUGUGUUUUUUGACGACAGCAAUGGGCAGGUAUUUACUGUUAGAUCUGGGGGCGUAACAGGCGUGACGGUGACUGGCAUGGACAAAUCGAAAUCAACUUCAUUUCGAAUGGAGGAUCGAGGACCAAUAAUAUCAAUAAAAUUUUCUCCAGACCUUAAAAUAUUGGCAAUACAGAGAAACCAAGACAAUCAGAAUGCUACUGUAGAGUUUGUAAACUUUAAAGACUUGGCGCCAACCAAUGUGGAGUACUCUCAUACUUGUAAAUGGAAGAAUGCAAAGAUAUUGGGCUUUGUGUGGCCCAAAGUGAAUGAGAUAACUUUCAUCACAGACCACGGGAUUGAGCUACUACAAGUCAUACCUGAUAAGAAACAGUUGAAAAGCUUGAAAAAUACUUCCUUCAGCUGUGCAUGGUUCUCAUGGUGCUCACAGAGCAACAUAGUGCUGCUGGCGGGCAACAACGGGGUGCUCCUGCAACCAUUCUCACUCAACAACUCCACCAUCACCAAACUGCAGAAAUUGGAAUUGGAGGCGACGCGGCCGGUGGUAGAGCGCGACGUGUUCACGCUGAGGCUGUGCGACGCCACGUGGUGCGCCAUCUUCCGGCACGCUCAGUCUGCCACCGUCGCCGCGCCGGGACCCACUGAGGUAUGGCUGAUGCCUAUCACGGGUCCGUCCGGAUUCCACUACACGCACGUGCUGAAGACAGGACUAGUCGGCAGAUUCGCCGUCAAUGUCGUAGACGACCUCGUUGUAGUCCAUCAUCAGGCAAGUCAAACAUCGCAAGUGUUCGAUAUAAUGGAGCAGUCGAAGCCGGAGAACGGUUGUGUGAUCCACAUCCCGGUGGUGGGCGGCGUGAGCCUGCAGCCCGCGGCGCUGGGCGACGGGCCCUGCGCCAUGUACAGCGACACCUGGGUGGUCUUCCAGCCGCACUACAUCAUCGACGCCAGGCUCGGCUGUCUCUGGCGCGUGCAUCUCAUCCCGGCUGGACUUGCGCACUCGGUACCAAAAGACGAGAUAUCGAAGAUAGUGGCAGUAUUGCUCCGGCGCACGGACGGCAAGGACGCCAUCUACAGGGUGCUCAACCAGCUCGUCGCUGAGGCUGGCACCUACCUCGUGCAGCUCUCUGACGUCUUCGACGAGAUACAUACUGUAUAUAGGAAGUGGGCGGACCUGGAGAUGGCGCGCAACACGGCGGGGCAGGGCGCGCCGGCCGACAGCUCCCGCGGCGGCGGGCGGCCCCGCGUGCUGAUCUCGCAGGCCGAGCUGUGCGCCCACGUGCUGCAGCAGCACAGCGAGGCAGUACACCUGGUGCAGGUGGUGACGGCGUACGUGGCGUCGCUGGCGCGCGCCGGGCUCGUGGUGCAGCAGGCCGCGGCCGAGCUGGCCGUGCGCGCGCUGGUGACGCGCGGCGCGGCGGCACGCCUGCGGGCCAUGCUGCGCCGCGCCGCGCUGCAGGACGCGCGCCCGCUGGCCUGCGCGCUGCUGUCGCUGGGACACCUCGACCCCGCCGCCGCGCAGCUCGCGCUCGACAUGCUCUACCGGCUCAAGGGAUACGAGGAAGUGGUGGAGGUGCUGCUGAGCUGGGACGAGCCGGUGGCAGCACUGGGGGCGGCGCGACAGGCCGGGCUGGGGACUCUGCCCCCGCGCAAGUUGUUGCAGGCGGCGCGUGCGCACGCGCAGGCCCACGGGCGGCCCACGGCCUUCACCGCCAUCUACCACGCGCUGCAGGCACGCAACGAGCGUACCCGGGGCUCGCCGCACUUCCUCAAAGGUGAACAAUGCGACAGUUACGUGGAGUACUACAAGCAAAUUACUGCCGAGCCUCAAUAGUGUGCAUGCAUGUAAGGCGUCUGAAUAUUAUUACAACACACUACAUUCAUAUAGUGAAUUAAUACAAUCGUCUGUUAAUUACCUAUAUGAAGAUACGUCAUUGUUCUCAGGCGGGAUGUGAAGUGAAUGCAAAUAAUAAAACUAUAUUCCCAUGUAUAAUCUUUUGUUGUGGAUACCGGUUUUUAAUAUCUUGUCUGAGAAUUUAGUUACCUAUGCAAUUUGAGUAAACAUUAACUAAAACUCAACACAUAAUAAAUAGGUAAGUUAUUGUAUCAUUUCUAUCUACCAACAAGAUGUUUUGGUGGGCCUUGUCUGUGUCUAUGUUCCUACAUAAAAAAAUUAAACCUCUUGUGUCCUGUUCAUUGAUUAGGUCUCAACAAAAAUAUAAUAAAAUUGAUCUUUUGUCGUAAAUUGGAUGUAAGGCGCUUUUGAUUUUAUUAAUUCCUCGUAGCAUUCUUAUUGCAAGUUAUGUAUUUAUUUUUCGAAUGUUUAGUGAUUAAUUAUUAUAAUAUAUGAUUAAAUUGCAUAAUAAUUAUUAAUAGUAAAGUUAUUAAUGUUAAAUGUGUCUCAUGUGAAUAUGACAAUUAUAUACCUAUCAGGAAUACACUAUCUUACAUGUUAUCAUAUUAAUAUAAUUUAUAGAUGUAAAAAUUUUGACAAAACUUAUUAUUUGUUACUAUAAAAUUGUUCUCUUUAUUAGAAAAUUAUUGUGUAAAUUGUAAAUAUUUGAAUGUUUGUAAAACUGUUGAUUAAUUACAUAAAUAAGUAAUGUGAUGUAUAUUUUGUUAUGAAAUAUAAACAAAUAUUAUUUUCGUA